CACACCAGCAGCCCGGAAAACAUCCCACGCGGAAAGGAGUCAUUCACCUUUGCACGCACUCCCAGCGCUGCAACGCUGCACCGCCACUCAGAGACCCGGCCGAGGUUUCCGGUUUGCCAGAGGAGAGAGGGGAGAGCAGGUCACUGAAGUGUCCCGGGGAAGCUUUCUUAUCGGCUCUUCUUUUGCUAACAACCACCUCCUUCUAUAGGAGAGGGAAAUGUACUUUAACAUCUAAAGCUGAUGGUAGUUCCUGGUUUCAGGCCAAAUUUACCAAGGGAUACCUCCAGACCUACAUAAUUAUCGACGGUAGGAAUUGGGACAUUCCGUGAGUAGAGAUGAUGAUCGUCAAGCAGUUGCCACUUGAAGUGAAGAUUGCAGCACUAGCUGGGAUUGUCUUCUUCGCCAUCAUGGCAUCACGGACUUGUUUGGCUGAAAGGAUGGAGGUGAACAGGUUCAGAUGGCUGCUUAAGUUGCAAAUGGUCCUCUUUGCUAAUAUCCUGAUGCUCAUAGGAUCCGUUCAUAUAUGGAGAAAUACAGCGACCAUAUUCUACAGAUCACCAGCUGUUAACUCUUGCUGUUUCAUCUUUUGGAAAGUAGCUGUGAUAAUGUUCCUGAUUUUGGCACACUCAAGCCCUUUUACAAUGCUGUUUCUUGUGGCGGAAGAACCUCACUUUUUCUCUUUAGCAGCUUACACCUGUCUUGGAACUUAUAUCAUCCUUAUUUUCUUCCUCUUCACCCUGGGUUCCUUGGAGCAAGGUUAUAAACUUUUGGUCUACAGAAGAACAAAACUGGACACUGUCAACAAGAACAGUAGACUGGCAAUGAAAAAAACCGUUAUAGCAGUUAUGAUGUCAGUUGCAUUGACUGUUUGUGGCCUCCUGAAUGCUUCCCAGCCACCUGCAGUGAAGUCAGUUGAUAUUACUGUCCACAAAUUGCCACUGUCUAUGGACAAACUGAAGGUGGUGUUGCUGUCUGAUAUUCAUCUAGGGCCCACUGUUGGGAAAACCAAACUUGAAAUGAUUGUAAAGAUGGUUAAGGCUUUAAAACCAGAUAUCACCGUGAUUGUGGGUGACCUCACCGAUUCUGACGUGAAGGACCUGGGAACAGCUGUGGAACCCCUUGGCCGGCUGAACUCUCCCCUGGGAACGUACUUUGUGACAGGGAAUCAUGAGUAUUACAACUCUGAUGUCAACAACUGGUUUGAGCUGCUGAAAUCACUUGAUGUUCACCCACUGCACAAUGAGAACGUAAAAAUAUUGUUCCCUAGCAGCAGGGAGAGCGACUGGUUUUGUUUGGCCGGAGUCGAUGAUAUCGAGGCGAAUGUGUUGCGCUAUUCUGGACACGGCAUGGAUUUAGAAAAGGCUUUAAGGGGUUGUGAUGCCGACCACGCGAUAGUUCUCCUUGCUCAUCAGCCACUCGCUGCAAAAUGGGCUAUCCAAGCUCGACCGGAUAUAAAUUUGGUCUUAUCUGGCCACACUCAUGGAGGGCAGAUAUUUCCUUUGAACAUUGUUGCCUAUUGGAUGAAUCCAUUUUUUGUUGGUUUGUAUCAAGUUGGUCAGAGCACUUUUGUGUAUGUCAGCUCAGGGACCAUGUACUAUGGAAUACCAAUGAGACUGGGAAGUCGAGCAGAAAUCACGGAAAUCAUUCUGCAUUGUCCCUGAUCAGUCCACACAGCUGUGUGUUCGAUUCCUCUUGGGCUUGUAUGACUGAUCACCUUGUGCACAAAAUCUGUACCCUGUGUAACUGCACAGUUCCCCCCCCCCCCUUGUAAUUUCAUGUUUGGCUAUGUAUGUAAUCAUGUCCUUUUCAUUGGUAAAGACUUUUUCUUCUGUUUGGGAGUCCUGGCAGGCACAUGUUUAGAGCAGCCAUAUGCAUAUUGAUAAGUGCAAUGUUUCCCUAGUUUUCCAGGACUCCUCUUCUGAAACACUCAAACAAAAUACUGAUCUCUCGUCUUGCCUCCCCUCUCACAUGUUAAGGAUGAUAGGGUAAAUCCAAUCAUACUCCAAAGAGCGUUUCUCCAACCUAAGGAAAGCCAAUUCCAUAGCUUCUUAAAUUUGAGGAAGUCUCUUAAUAGCCCAAUUUGGGGGGGGGGGAGUGGAGGGUGGAGAGGGAUUGACUCUUGAACGCAGUUGCCUACCCUGCUUGGUCAAGUGGCAUUUAUGCCGGUGGGAAAGCAAACAGGGAGGAGGGCUGACCCAAAAAUGGGCUCCAGCCCCAAAGCUGCAUCAGCUUAAACUUGGCCACCAGAGCAGCUGGGGGCAUUCCUGGAGGCAGAUUCAACCUUUGCUUUACCAAGAAAUUUGGCCUGGGAAAGCCCCUGGUGCAGGAGUUGAAAAAGGUGGCACCCCAUUUUGGACUAUGGGGGCUUUACAGGCAGCUGAGCACUUUCUACUUGCCGCUGCCUCCCUGGAAGCUCUCUGGAGGCGGCAUGCUGGAGCCUUCUUGGUUGGGCUGUUAGUCUAGAAGAAGCUGUCAAACCGUGGAGUAUAGGAACAGAGGCAGGAGCCACCCUCAUAAUAUUAUUAGCUUAUCUGAUGUUUCUGUUCUGUCAUCAGUUUUUAUCUGAUAAGUCACCCUUUCAAAAGUGUGAUAAAAUCUGCCUAGUUAUAGCCUCUGUUUUUCAUGUAUGCGUCUUUUCCCCAACUUAAUGGUUUGCGAUCUGGAUCAAAUAAAUUAUCCUCCUAGCCCAAUAUUCUACCUUUUGAUAGCCAACAUGAGAUUUUAUGUGUUUCAACAUACUUGGUGAAGAUUUGAUUUUCUGGCAACAUGCAUGUUUUUUCAGAUGAGGAAAUAGCUUCUUCUUUUGACGGCUAUUAAAACUGUGCCCAAAGACUACACUUGUAUAUGAAGUUAAGAAAGAGGGGAUGAAUAAUAGCUUUUGGCCUAGCUCACCUGUUGCAAGUUACUGUACUUAGAACCAGUUCAGUUUUAAUUGACUUCAGUAGUACUAAAUAUCACUAACUGUGCUUGAUUUGAAACCACUUUUGUCUAGUCUCAGGGUUAAAUUAAUAAUGUAAAUAUCUGGCUAUUUAAUAUUUAACUAUUGAUUUGAACAUCAAACUUGUAUUUGAAUAUGUUUGUAUAAUUUAGAAGCAAAACUUUUCCAUUGGCCACUCCUUGUGAUUUGCACCCUCGAGUAUGAUUAGGGUCCAUGUUUGUUUGGUUUUGAAAAGAAAUGGGUCUCAGACCAGGGCUUUUAUCUAGUGUAAAUCUCGGCCAGUUGAAAAUGUAUCCAAGCAGAAUGAGAUUUCCUUGCCUUCUUCUUCCCUUUGUAGGCCAAAUGGACCCCCCAGAAAAACUAUCAGUGGGGAGUCAGAGCAGCAGAAAAGGAGAAUUGGUGAAAAUAGCCUUAGUAGAAAUUUUCUGUGAGAUUCAAGUCAGGUUUAGUAACUUGAAUAAUGUAUUUUGCACUGGAUCAGUUAUUUCCUGUAUUGCUUUAAAAAGCCUGAAUGCUUGAAGAAUUUUAAUGUCUCAGAAGUCUGUAUUUGAAAUUUUUUGGCUUGUUCAGUUUUCCUUAGAGUUGUAUAAUAAAAUACCAAUAUCUAAUACUCAUGAGGUUUAUUAGCACAGAUAUUUGCCUGGAGGUUGCUGAGCAAAAAAUAUUUUUUAAGCCUGUAGUCCUAUAAAACAAUUAACAUGUUUUUGAGAAUGAACGUGCUCAUUUGUGCACUUUGGGCUUGGGUACUUCCAUAUAUAAUAGUAACUGGCUGCUUCUAUGCUUGGACCUACCUGAGCCUUACAUAGUUAGUCACUGCAGAAAAUGUUUGUUAAUGAAAUCCUGUGGAGCUGGGAAUUUUGUCCUAAAAUAAAACAGGGCCAUAAAUACCAAUGUUUCAGAUUUAAAGGCCAUGUUUACAGUAUUCAGCAUGCUUCAUGUUUCUGUGUCCCUUGUAAAAGCUGUUAAAAGGAGACCUGUGUUUGUUUUUUUGCGGUCAAGUCACAGCUGACUUAAGCAAUCCAUAGUGGGUUUUCAAGAUAUGUUCAGAGGCGAUUUGCUAUUGUCUGUCUCCUUGUCAUGACCCUGGUAUUCCUUGGAGGUCUCCCAUUUGCUUUUCCACCAAAAGAUCUAAGUAGAAUUGUAACUACCGGUACAUCCACCACGUGUUGGACUGUUGUUGUUUUAGAAUAGUCCACAUAGUGUUUACCUAGUUCUGAUAGGUAGAUACUGGGACCCAAGUGGAGCAUUCUAAAACAAAGGUGGACCGGCAUGUGGCGGAUGAAAUUGCAAUUCUGCUUAGAUCUUUUGGCAGAAAAGAGUAUAGUGUCUGAUGAGAUCAAGCUAGCCUGGCUAUCCAGGUCAGAGCAGGCCCAGGUUAUCAUUUCCCUAUUACAGGUAAGAGAAUGAGGCAAAGCAUAAAAUUGCUUGCUCAAGGUUGCUGAGUGUCAACAAAGGCAGGUCUGAAUUGGGGACUUCCUGAUUCACAGUGUCUGUAAAUCCACCCAGUUUGUUUGUAGCUGGGCGUUUUGAAGUUUGCAGGAACAUGGUCAUUUUUUUUACAGCGCUUGCUGAUAGCUGCUUUACUUUUAAUCUUGUGAAUUUUGAGCUGACUGGGAAUGGACAGAAUUAGGAUGGGCCAGUCUGAGAGUGACUAGUGUCCCAGUUACUGUUAUUACAGAUUAAAGAGACAUAGUUACUACUGAAGUAGAUGUCACUAAACCAGCAGUCAAGGCUUGCCUAGCCACCUGAAGACAAGUUGUUACCACAACAGAAGAAGAGGAGACUGAUUUUACAACAUUGAGAGUAGGAAGAGCGGAGGAUGAUGCUGUGGAGGCAAGAACUGGUUUUAUACCCUGAAGGGAAGUGGUUCUUUUGUCAUUGCAGUAGAAUGAGGGAGACAUAAAAGUCUUUGUACCUAUUCCAGUUGUCAGCAGAGAGGGUGGGACAAGAUUUGCUGCCUAGAGUACUCCUGAUGAGGUUUGCACGGGAUGUCCAACUAACCAGAUCUUCUCGUCACCAGUGGUGUACAGGAAAUAGAGACUGGUUAUAUAAGUGUGAUGCUUUGAUAGACAUUAAUCUUGAAAUCAUUAAUUUUGAAAUCAUUGCCUGCAUUGUGGUAUAAAGCAUUAAAAAAUCAUUUUUAAUCUCCUUAGUUAAGAUAUCAAAUAACCUCAGAGCAACUUUCACAUCCUUGUGUUUCAAAACAAUGCCCACAACACUUAUCGGCCAGUUGCUAUGCUAGCCCUGGAAGAUUUACCCCAUUAUAUACUUGACUGCCCACUUUAUGUGCAACCCAGGGCUAAAUUCCUUGCUCUAAAUUGGCUUCAGUUGAUUUUAUUGGUUGAUGUGUUGUUAUUAAUAUUUACAUUUUUAAGGCUGUUUGUAUUGUAAAUUUUAUCUCAUAGUGGUUAUAUCCAUAUUAUAAAGUAUUGUAUUUGUUGAUGAUGUUUUGUAAAGGCCAUAUAUAAAUAAAUUGAUUUGAGUCGUAGGAUUAUUAGACUCAUUCAGCCGCUCACAUAACCCACUCGGACUGUUAUGCUCUUGCCACAGAAAGCCUGUUUGUGCAGGACACUUACUGAGUGAAAAUGAGCGCAUAGAAGCCAGGAUGGAGGGGAUGGUAAAAUAACCAGUGCUUCUUUC